UUUAAGCAAUUACACAGCAAUUUUACUGUCCCAUUUCUAUCAAUAGUUAAAUUUGACCAAAUUCACCAUGUCUGAGUUAUUCAACAUCUUUGGAGACAGCCUGACGCACCAGCCAACAAAAAAUGUGGCACGCCAACCGUUAUUCAACAUCGAGAAUAUGGGCAAAACGGUCUCAAAUGGCCCAAUCAAACCCAACGAGCCAUUGAAAAAGGGCGCCGAACCGAAGAAAACUUUCCUUUGUAACAAAGGGAAAGCCUUACAAAGCACGCCUAUGCGACAGGCUUUCACGCCGCGCGCGGUCAACGUCGGAGCCCUAAUCUACAAGGACGCUGAGGCUAAGUCUGACGAUGCUGUAAACUUUGAAGAGUUGGAGUUCACUAGACCUGUUUACAAAUAUGACAAUUACACUAAAGACUGGCUUGACUACCUGCCCCUGCCAGAACCAGAGCUGAAGCGGCUGUCCCUGUCUCCGAAGCGCACGCCGCCGCCCAACACGCGCCGCCCCACCCUGGACUUUGACUGCUCCUACCAGGAUGAAUUCUUCACAGAUGAUUUCUCAAAUGAAAGUAUCCCAGAUCCAAAUGACAGUGACCUGGGCUUGCCGGACAUUUAUUAAGUUGAUUUAUUAUUUGAAUUAUAGUAUUAAUGUAUAUUUUAAUAAUGAUUUUUACAUUUUUUGACACGGUAUUAAAUUCAUACAACAAAAUAAGAACUUGUGAACUUUCUAUACUUAUAAAUUUCAAGGUUUU